GGGGACUUCCAUACUUCCAUGCCAAUUGUAUGCCUUUCAACCUGUAUGCUCCCACUUUCUCAUUCCGAAACGCCAUCAGAUUGGGCAGUGAGUCUUGGUUGUUGUUCCCAUUGUUAUUGUUGCUACUGCCACUUGUGUUGUUGCAUGUAGGGGAAGGAAGGGAGGACGCAGCCACUCAGUUGUCUGACAUUGGACAUUGGACAUUGGAUAGGUAAUUUAUUCCCUGCGCCUGCGCCAUGCCUUUCGACUCUUUUAACAUUCACUCAAAUUCUCGCUCGUCUUCAUCGCAACAAAAUGCUUUGCCGGGAAAUUCGACUUCGGGAGGCAUAUUACAAGCUGCAGCAAAUCUAGGUAGUUUUGGUAUGCCUUCAUUGUCUAGCUCUGCCACAGGACAAUCUGCACCACCACCAACAACAUAUGGUCUACCCCAUCCAAAUUCUUCCAUGACGACCACUUCCAACAAUACAUCAAUGAAUCAACAGUCUCAACAAUACGAAACACCAAGGCGAGCUCGACACGCCGACGAGCUCCAUUCAAAUAUGUCUGCGCAACGAGGCACUUUAUCUCCAAGAGAUUAUGGUGCAAGUGGUCCACGUAUGACCUUAGACCAAGCCGCUCCCGAUUCAUCCCAAUAUUCAAAUGCGGCACCACUUCCAGGUGCUUUACAACCAGGAAGACCAGGUGUGACUUCGACAAAUACAGCCCCUUCGAUACCCACGAUAUCGCAAGAUCAAUAUUCAACCCCCUCGCGAUCCGCAGGUCAUUCGCACAAUUAUACUCGAUCUAGCCCAGCGGCAGGAUUUGAUAGUCAAGGUUUUGCAACAUUUCAAACAACCACGCCGGGCGGAUCUGAGCAGAAUACACAGAAAUAUACACCACAAGGCUCUCAAAGAACCGUAUCCAAUGCUCCUCUUGGCCUUGCAGACAUUCGACCGCGUACCGAUUCAACACUUGCCGAAGGCUUACCUGGGGCCAAUCCAUAUUCAUAUGAUGGUACCAGCGCAACACCCACCAACAGCAACUAUCUCGCGCCGUGGGCUUUAUAUGCAUUCGACUGGUGUAAAUGGCCAGCGCAAAACAACGAUGCGGGGAAGAUCGCAAUAGGAAGUUAUCUAGAAGACGGGCAUAACUUUAUUCAAAUUCUUGAUUCCCAUAUCGUUCCUACCCAGUCUGAAUCCUAUGUACCUGGAGCUCCAAAAUAUGGACUUGAAUUUACAAAGGUUGCCGAGGCCACACAUUCAUAUCCUGUAACUCGGCUCCUAUGGGAACCACCAUCAUCGCAAAAGCAAUCUACAGAUCUACUAGCUACUUCAGGUGACCAUUUGAGAUUGUGGUCGCUACCAUCUGAAACUCCAGUUGCGACGGCAAGCAACACUAUCGGAGGUCGCUCUUCUAAUUCCGGUCGAGACCUACCUCCUAGCAAACUUACGCCACUAGCCCUACUGUCUAACUCGAAAACCCCAGAACAUACUGCACCUCUGACCUCCUUGGAUUGGAACACUGUCUCGCCUAGUUUAAUCAUUACUUCCAGCAUAGAUACGACAUGCACCAUAUGGGAUAUCCCCACAUUGACUGCCAAGACACAACUGAUUGCACAUGACAAAGAAGUCUUCGAUGUCAGAUUUUGCGCGAACAGCGUGGAUGUUUUUGUUAGCUGUGGAGCUGAUGGAAGUGUGCGGAUGUUUGACCUUCGAAGCUUGGAGCACAGUACCAUCAUCUAUGAGCCAACUUCAAAGGAUGAUAAAGAUUCGAGUCCUGGCGGUGGCAGAAUAAGUCCAACUUUAGCCCAGCAAACUAUGUCCUAUGCACCCCCUUUACUACGACUAGCAGCGUCGCCACAUGAUACUCAUCUCCUCGCUACAUUCUCACAAGAUUCUAACAUUAUUCGUAUCUUGGAUGUUAGACAGCCUGGACAAGCACUCCUCGAACUCCAGGGCCAUUCCUCAUCUAUAAACUGCAUAGAAUGGUCUCCAAAUAGGAGAGGUACACUUGCUUCUGGGGCUGAUGAUUCUUUGGUUCUUAUUUGGGAUCUGCUAAGUCAAAACACCGCCCCUCCUGUUGGUCCUAGCAUGAAUGGUGCACCAGCAUCGGACAAUUCUCGAGGGCCUACUGCCAGUUGGCAAUGUGACUACGAAGUGGGAAAUAUCAGCUGGGCGCCACGAAGCAACUUGAACAAUAACGAGAACGGCGAUUGGCUCGGAGUGAGUGGAGGAAGGGGUAUCUGGGGCGUGAAGCUGUGAUGAAUUAUGAUGAGCUUUCAGGUCGGCUAUUAGAAAGGAGCGUAGCAUUAUCGCAUGUCAAAGCCUGGAGUUCGGUUUUCUGGAGAUUGCAUCUACAAUAUCCGAGUAUUCAUGAUCUUAUACUCAUCGGAGUUUAUGUAUGAUAGGUGUGAGGUGACUAGUCACUUGAAUUUACAAUUACGAGUAAGUCGUAUGGCCGAAAUUGAAACUUCAACCAAAUUUUCACCUUGAAUUGGAGUACACAUACGCAAUUUUCCGAAAUUAUUGUGACUACAGCCCUGCAUCUUCCACAACAUCCUCAGUCAUGAAUGGCAUGCCUAGCCCUACAGUGAUCAAAAUUUUGUAUCAACUUCCUUGCCAUGAACAUGGUCAGUCAGCAAGCAUCGACUGCUUUUUGGCACUCAGUUACGGUGCCAGGUAACUCGAGCCCAUGUUUAUGAAUGGGUGGUCCUGCGAGAAAUUUGAGGUUUUAAUGUUUACCA